UUACAACAAUGUCUCUUUCACAUAGCUUCAUCUUUCUCUUCUCCAUUAUCACACUCAUAAUUUCCAAUGGAGUUUUCUCACAACAAUCCAACAUCAUAUUACCCUCCGAGUCCGAGCAACGAAACACCGAAAAACUAACACAUAUCCACUUCUACUACCAUGACAUCAGAACCAAAAAAAACCCUACCAUGAUACAAAUCAUCGACACGCCAAAAAACGUGGCUAAUGGAUUUGGUUCAGUUUUCAUGAUGGAUGAUGCAAUGACGGAAGGACCGGAGUUAAGUUCAAAGCAGAUUGGAAGAGCUCAAGGGCUAAUAGGUCUUUCAUCACUUCGUGAUAUUGCUGAGUUUAUGUUGAUAAAUUUAGUGUUUGAUGAAGGGAGUUAUGCAGGAAGUACUCUAAGUAUGUUAGGGAGGAACCCUAUUUCAAAGCAAAAUAGAGAAACAAGUAUUGUUGGUGGAACUGGUGUUUUUAGGUUUGCUAGAGGCUUUGCUAUUGCGAAUAGUGUUAACUCCAUUUCUACACCUCAACAUUAUAUUGUUGAGUAUAACAUUACUGUUUCUCAUCCCUAG